CCCUGCCCUACCCCUACCCUACCCUACCCCUACCCUACUCAUUAAGGCUGCACUUCUUUAUUUAUUCCUCCCACCGCGAGUCGCAUCGAGCGCGGCAACCGUUACACAAAAAUAAUCCUUAAAGUCCUUAAAGCAUGAAUUAGUAUUCACGCGGGAUGGCUUAGCGUAUUUCAUGUAUAACUUUGGUGUUUCUUUACCGAUUUGUAUGAUUUUUUUUCUAUUAAAUAGGUAAUAAUGUUAUUUUUUUUAAUUAGGGAUGAGUGAUGAGUGUUAUAAACAUAAGAGUCGACAAAUAUAAUUAGAAAGAUCCGAACUGCUAAGCUAUCGGGAGUUACACAUGUUAUUGUGAGUCAACCAUAAAAGAUAGACAUAUAUAUAUGUUGUUGUGUUUUAUAGAUAAUUUUAAGGAAAACAUUUCCGUGAAACAUGAUUUCUAUGUAGCUUUAACCAUUAAAACUGUACACGCGACGGAAGCUUAAAAAAUUGGGUAACUUCUCCCGUUUUCUCAACAUUUCUCUUCACUGCUCUGCUCCUAUUGAUCGUAGCGUAAUGAAAAGUAUACUAUAACCUGCCCAGGAGUAUGUAGAAUAAUUGUACCAAGUUUUUUUAAAAUCCGUCCAGUAGUUUUUGUUUCUAUAAAGAACAUACAGACAGACAGACAGACAGACAGACAGACAGACAGACAGACAGACAGACAGACAGACAGACAAAAAUUUUACUGAUUGCAUUUUUGGCAUCAGUAUCGAUCACUAAUCACCCCCUGAUAGUUAAUUUGGAAAUAUAUUUCAUGUACAGAAUUGACCUCUCUACAGAUUUAUUAUAAGUAUAGAUUAACAUAUGAGCUACUUUUUAUCCCGUUAAAAUCCCUGUUCCCGCGGGAUUUAUCUGCUAGUGACAUACUCGUAUAAACAAGUAGACUCACUUUUAUAUAAGCAUAGUUAUGUAAAUGUUCCAUCCUCACAUAGAGAUGAAAGCCGUGUUAGCCCAGUGGAUAUGACCACUGUCUCCGAUCUCAGAGGGUAUGGGUUCGAAUCCGGUCCGGUGCAUGCACCUCCAACUUAUUUAAUUAUGUGCAUUUAAAGAAAUUAAAUAUCGCGUGUCUCAAACGGUGAAGAAAAAACAUCGUGAGGGAACCUGCAUACCAGAGAAUUUUCUUAAUUAUCUGCGUGUGUUAAGUCUGUCAAUCCGCAUUGGGCCAGCGUGGUGGACUAUUGGCCUAAUCCCUCUCAUUCUGAGAGGAGACUCGAGCUCAGCAGUGAGUCGAAUAUGGGUUGAUAAUGAUGAAUUAUGACUCACAUAGAGUGACGUGUAUAGGUAUUUUGAUAACGGGAGAAAAGACAGAAUUUUGUACGAUAGGAUUAUCAUUCGUCAUUUCUAAUAGAGUAAUCGUAGUAAAGGGGUUGAUUAUAAGUUUUUCCAAAUUGGUUUGGUCUGGUGUUAGACCUAACCAACCAAAGGCGUCAAGUGAUUUAGCGUUCCGGUACGAUGCCGCGUAGAAACCGUCAUUCAUUUGCUUUUAUCGCGAAGUCAACGCGCUCAAUAUAGUCCCGUACAUCACGCAAAACGUGAAAGAAAAUCAUGAUAUAAUUCUUUAUCGUGAUACUUUCAAGUGAUGACCAAAAACACAAGUAAACAUAACUUAUUAAAUAUUUAUAGUAGGUAUUAGUUUAGUUUAGAUGGGAUAGUUAAACCCACAUUUAGUUUUUAAUCCCAAUGAUAAUUCUAGAAUUAAAGUAAACAAAUAUUUAACCGAUUUUAAAAAGGAGGAGAGGUCUUUAGAGUAUCAUGUUUUUUUUUGUAUAUACACCGAUUACUUGAAGGCGUUUUUUUUAAUCUUUACAAGUUAGUCCUUGACUACAAUCUCACCUGAUGGUAAGUGACGAUGCAGUCUAAGAUGGAAGCCGUUGAGUGCCGAGCCGUUAAGUGUAACCACCCUCAACGCAAUGUGCGUUGAGGGUGGUUAUCGAGGGGGUUUUAGUGGUAAGUCCCACAUAACCCGUCUUGUCCCCCAGUAAGUCGGGUAUCUCACAAAGUAGAAAUGGGGGUGACUAGUGUGUGUUGUUAAUUUAUUCAUUAGAUAUUUGAAUGCUCAACAGGCUUAACAUGUGGUGGUUAGUCUUCGCAGUUGUAUGUGUGGGCGUGUGUCAGGGUCAAGAGCGCCUGGACCCGCUGGUGCAGACCAGCCUCGGCCUGGUCAGGGGGCAGAGGGCUGAGGACGGAGACUAUUACAUGUUCCUUGGAAUACCGUAUGGAAAGGUUGACGAAAACAACCCUUUUGGGGUUGCGUCCCCACAUCCAAUUUACGAAGAUAUAUUCGAUGCAAAUGACGACAGCGCAAUAUGUCCUCAAGUAUCAGCAGGAGCGGCGGUCGGCACCUUGGACUGUUUACGAGUGAACGUCUUCGUGCCAACCACAGCGACGUCACAAAACAAGCUGCCCGUACUGGUGUACAUCUACGGAGGAUCGUAUCAAACCGGCUAUGGCUCGAGACACCAAUACGGCCCCAAGUAUCUGAUCCCACACGACGUUAUCGUAGUCCACAUAAACUACAGACUCGGGCCGUACGGUUUCCUGUGCUUGGGGAUACCAGAAGUGCCUGGAAACCAGGGCAUAAAGGACCAACUGAUAGCAUUGAGAUGGAUAAAGGAGAAUAUAGAUUCGUUUGGUGGAGACAGCGCCAAAAUAACUAUAAUGGGUGAGAGCGCGGGCGCUGGAUCGGUGGAACUACACCUAUUGUCAAAGCAAGAGAAGCUUUACAGCAAAGCUAUACUACACAGCGGCACCACACUCAAACCCAAAGGUGUUUACGAUACAGAUGAGACCCCAGCAUUACAAAUGGCGGACAAAUUGGGUUACCCAACGCAAGAUGUCUACGAAGCGGUAGAUUUUCUUUCACAAGUCGAUAUAAACUUGGUCAUUGGAGCUUACUCAGCACUAGGAUUCACUUUGCGAGCGUGUGUUGAAAAACCAAUGGAUGGUAUAGAAAGUAUUAUAACAGAAUAUCCAGUAAACCUAAACGUGCCCAAAGUAAAAGGAAUGCCUAUUUUAGUAGGAUACAACAACAGAGAAGCACUGCGAACCGACAAAAGUAAUCCAAGCGAUUAUUUUAAAAGCCCAACUUAUUUUAGAGACAUUUUGGCGCUCUGUUUUAAUGUAGAUGACGACUUCGAAGAGUUUGUAGACAUGGUUAGAAGUUUUUAUAUCGGAGACGAGGAAUUGACUGAAGAAGUGAGGCCUAAUAUAAUAGAUUUCGAAACAGAUUAUCAUUUCAACUUCCCCGUAGAGAGGGCUAUUGAGAAGUACUUACAGAGUGAACCAGAGAAUCUGUUCCAGUAUUUGUUUUCGUACGAGGGAGGGAGGAAUGUCAUGAAGAACUUGCUGAAUAUUACGCAGAAGGGAGUGGCACAUGCCGACGAACUUGGCUAUCUGUUUGAGAUGUCAGCACACGAGAGCACACCCACGGAAGCAGACCAGCUUAUGAUCGACAGGAUGACCACUUUGUGGACAAACUUUGUCAAAUAUGGAGACCCAACACCACAGACAACAGAGCUGCUGCCCAUAAAAUGGUUGCCAGGAACCAACGCCACAGCCAACUACCUGGACAUGGACUCCGUGCUGACGAUGAAGAAGAAACCGUUCAAGGAGAGACUCACGUUCCUGAAGCUGUUUUUCAAGACAAACCACAACAGACUGAUUGGAUUGAAUACUAAUUAUAAUUGAUCAUGACGUGUUAAUAUUAAAUAAUAUUCAAAAUCAAAAUUAAUUUGUUUCAAUUAGUCUUGGUCUUUUGUGAUCCGUAAUAACCCAGUGGAUAUGACCUCUGCCUCCGAUGAAGGGUGUAGGUUCGAAUUCUGGGGCAUGCACCUCCAACUUUUCAGUUGUGUGCAUUUUAAGAAAUUAAAUAUCACGUGUCUCAAACGGUGAAGGAAAACAUCGAGCAUACCAGAGAAUUUUCUCAAUUCUGUGUGUGAAGUCUGCCAAUCCGCAUUGGCCCAGCAUGGUGGACUUUUGGCUUAACCCUUCUCAUUCUGACAGGAGACUCGAGCUCAGCAGUGAGCCGAAUAUGGGUUGAUUAACGACGAGUCUUAGUUACACGCACUUUUGAAACGUCAGCAGGCUUACUCACUAUCUUUGACGUAUGCUAGUUGAUAUUAACGAAAUUAGAUUCUAUAUAAAAAUCUCAUCCGGUGCUUACUUGUGGAUAUCACACAGUAGGUAAAUGAUAUUUAGUCAAUUGAUUUGAUGUUUAUUUUAAAAAAUUGAUAAUAAAGACCAAUGUAGUGAAUAGGUCAGCAGGUAAUGUUAUUAGAAUAAUGGUGAUAAUAAUUGGUAGGCGACCACAUAUCCGCAUCGUACGUAUCGUACGCAUCGCAUCAAACGUAUAGUAUUUUUCUUUGUAUAGAAAGUCAUACAAGUGCGUCCACUGAUCCGCAUUGUACGAUUCACACGAAUCUACUCGUAACGU